CAGACCAGGUCAGACCAGGUCAAACCAGGUCAGACCAGGUCAGGCCAGACCUUUGGUGAUAAAGUUUUGUCUGCUUGGUGAAUAAUUGUUAUUUAUAAAUAUAUGACAUCAUCAUCUGGAUGUAAACAAACAAACUAAGCUCUGGUGAUGGCAGCUUGUCUUUAUGUAACAGACAGAAUCCGGUUUGUUGUUUGUGUUUUACAGUCAGAACUGGCUCCGCCUUCAUGUUUGAUUAACGAACUUUGUCAUGUUGGACAAAGAAAACCAGUUAAAGAAUCUGGAACCAGUCUGGUUUUAACAUGUGUGCUCGCUGACAGCCGGAGAGGCGCGUGCUCCUGCAGGAGGAGACCCGUGGGUGGACUGAGCCGAGCCGCCGGACGGAGAUCGGACAUCCCGGACUGAGCGCGAGGUUUGUUCCAGAUAUCCUAGCCGGACCGAGAACACAGCGUGGGAAGACCGGGACGUCAACAGAAGGAGCCGGGAGAGGAAAAGCAGCGGAGAUGGGGAGGAAAAAGAUUCAGAUCGCUCGGAUCAUGGAUGAGCGGAACAGACAUGUGACGUUCACCAAGCGUAAGUUUGGCCUGAUGAAGAAGGCGUACGAGCUGAGCGUGCUGUGCGACUGCGAGAUCGCCCUCAUCAUCUUCAACAGCACCAACAAGCUGUUCCAGUACGCCAGCACCGACAUGGACAAAGUGCUGCUGAAGUACACCGAAUACAACGAGCCGCACGAGAGCCGGACCAACGCCGACAUCGUGGACACGCUGCGGAAGAAGGGCUUGAACGGCUGCGACAGCCCCGACAUCGAGGCCGACGACUCUGCCGGCCAGAGCCCAGAGUCAGACGAGAAGUACCGGAAGAUCAACGAAGACCUGGACCUGAUGAUCAGCAGACAGAGGAUCUGUCAGGGUCUUCCUCCCUCCAGCUACGACAUGGGGGUCGCAGUUCCGGGGAGCAACCCUGGCGGGCUGCUGUACUCCCAUCAGGGGAUGGGGGGCGCUCUGGGAAACCACAACCUGCUGCCCAUCUCCCACCCCUCCCUGCAGAGGAACAGCAUGUCGCCUCCGAGACCCCCCAGCACCGGAAGCACCGGACUGAUGGGUUCGGAGCUGACGAGCACCGUCGUCUCCAGUGUGGGGAACGGCGGCUACAGCUCCCACUGCUCCUCCCCCGGACUCAUGUCUCCGGGGAAAAACGUGCAGGACAAGAGUCCUCCCUCCAUGAGCACGAGCCGGAAAGCCGAGCUCCGGACGCUGAUGCCGCCCUCCAACAAGUGCACCAACAUGCCGACUGUUUGUGAGGACUUUGACCUGAUGUUGAACCAGAGGAUAAACCACUCCCAGAUGGCCCAGACUCUGUCCACCCCGGCCGUCUCCAUCGCCGCUCCUGCUCUUCCUGGUCAGGGGAUGGCCGGAUAUCCAUCAGCACUCUCCUCCUCAUACGGCACAGAGUUCUCCCUCGGCAGCGACCUGCCGUCUCUGUCUGGGUUCGGAGGUUCUGGUCUGGGAUCGGUGGCGAGCUGGCAGCAGCAGCAGAUCCAGAACCUCCAGCAUUCGGCACUUGGUCACAUGGGGAACUUGUGCCAGAACUCCAACCUGAACCUCCAGUCGGCCCAUCAGAACCUCUACAUCAAGUGCGAGCCGGCAUCCCCUCCCAGAGACCGGAGCAUGGCCAUGGUCGGCACCAUGACCCAGGCCGGGUACGCCGUCACCAGCCAGGGUCCUCCUGAAUCAGACCGUUCCCCCGGUGACAGUGCAUCCAGCUGUGGGAGCUCGUACGAAGGCAGCGAGGAGCGUGAGGAUCACCACGGCAACGACUGCUUCCUGUUCCAACACCUGCCGGGUCAGGAGGAGCGCCACAGCCCAUCGGUGAAGCGGAUGAGGCUGUCAGAGGGGUGGGCGUCAUGAUGGGGGCGGUCCGAGAGGAGGAGGGCGGAGUAACCUUACCUUCUAGUAUUAUCAUAUUCUUCUGUACUGAGCGUGCUUUACGUGUAACGGUAACAUGUACACGAGGGAGGCGUUGCUAUGGAGACAGGGAUGCUCAGCUGAUUUCACAACAUGGAAGAAAAUCCAAACCUCCUCACAGGUCCGCAUCAUGAACUGGGAAUCAAAAGAUUCUCCAGACUGAACCAGUUCAUACAAAACCAACCCAGUAGAUCAGAGCCAGUCCAACUCCGGAUGUUCCGGACUCCCGAGGUCCUGGAUAAACCGGUUCAGGAUGAAAACUGGAAAUGUUUUAAACCUCAGAUUUUAUCAGGUCACAUUUAAAGUUCCCACCAAACGGCUGCAGAGACAGUUACCUGCAGGAACACUCAGCCAUGUUUACACGUUAACACGUUGACAUGUUUACACGUUAACAUGUUGACAUGUUUACACGUUUACACGUUAACAUGUUGACAUGUUUACACGUUAACAUGUUGACAUGUUUACACGUUAAAAUGUUGACAUGUUUACACGUUAACACGUUUACAUGUUUACACGUUAAAAUGUUGA